AAACGCAGUGCUACGGUGCAGUUUGUCAACAACGUAGACAUCAAGGCUGUUUGCGGAACACAACAGGCGGGCGGCCCCUCGGUAACAUCGUAAGCACAGUUACGGCCGCAUAACAUGUUCUCACCAAGUUCCAACAACGGCCCCCCCCCCCAGUCGUGGCCAACUCCAAUUGAUCCAAGCCAAACCGUUCCAGGCAUGAUCAAGUCCCUGCAACUUUGUCGAAAACCGGGGACCGUCAAUUCGCAAUGCACUACCAGGCCCUACACGGCCGGGAAUGGCGUGGGCUUGAACAGGGUCAACAAGGCAGCUCCCGUGGAACAUACGCAUUACGGCAAAGACGUCCGAGAACGAAGACAACAAGUUACGGGCUCGAUUGGUCCCUGCUAUCUUAGUCCACGACAUUAUCACAUGUUGACCAAGUCCAGCAAAAGAUCGACUCAUAACACUUGUGGUAUCCGUAGGUAUCGCGCAAAUACGAUCUCAUCUCCCCCGUCGGCGCCCACACAUUCACCGAAAUCCCGGCUGAGACAGAGUCAUCGCUCCAACUGGCAUGACACCAAGAGAGAAGGCGGCCGGGCAUACGAAUCACCUCUUCAAUGAUUGGCCAUUGGCGCAUCUCGCUGGCCUCAUCAG